AUGGCUAUCAACAUAACAUGCUGGAAUCGAUUGCCUCCCGAGAUUCUGAACGAGGUUAUUGGUCUGCUGCCAAUUCUCGGCGGGAAGUGCAGUCAGCUUGCUACCGUUUCCCGAGUUUGGCGAUCGAUCAUCGAGCCACUCAACUUUGCCAAGAUCAGUCUGACGGUACCGCGCCUUACCGACCCUUACUCUCAAGCUAUUCUAGCCCGAAAGAGAAACCAGAUUCGCUAUAUCUGGUUUCGGGUGGAACUGAAGCAGUACGAUUGUACACAAUGUGCAAAUGAUGACGAGGAUCAAUGGGGCUUAGAUAAAGUUGAUAACCAAUUUAUCGUGGACGCGUUUGAAGACUUGUUCACGAUGCUGAGCGUAUGGGAGCCUCGUGGCAACUUGGUCCUCGAUAUCAGCGUCUACUCGCCCAGUGAUAACCAGCACUGGUUCAAGUAUAUAACCUUCUCCUCAGACACCAGCGUAGGCGAGCUGCCUCAUCAUGGGUACGAACAUGGAGCGACCGUGAACGACCCAGCUCAUGGCUGGAUCACCGGGCAGCCUAUCGUUGCUCCAGAUGAAUUAGCCAUCGAGCACGUAUUUGACGAGAUCAUGGGUGAGGGGCCUUUCCCUGAUGAGGAAACUGAGAUGCAGUGGUGGCGGAGUCUCCCCUAUGUGCCUGUCGUUGGGGCCGUUCGCUUUCGCCAACAGACUCGCCGACGAUGGAAGCCACUCGCAAUCGCCAAUAUGCUUACGCGGUUCCCAAACAUAAAGGAAAUUUGGAACCAGAAGCUGAUCAUCAGUCUUCCCGAGGGAUUAUUACACAAGCUAGUAAUAUUCGAGAACGACAAUGAGUCUUACGCAGAAAUUUACCGAGCUCCCGCUAUUAGGGUGGCAAGACGAGCCGUGAGCCUGAAGCUUGCUCGCACCAGCCAACACCUUGAGAUGCUAUCUGCCUCCUUUAUGGUCGAUGCCAGUCACUUCUUCGCCGCGCCUCAGACUCACGAUUCAUGGACGUGGAGUAAGCUUACUUCACUGGCGCUGACUUCAAAAGUCCUCACUGGAGAUGCAGACCAGCUGCAUGUUAAUAGCAUGCUUCAGAAUGCUGCCGCCACUGCACUUAGGAUGCCGAGACUUAACAUAAUGGAGUUGUGGAACGGCAGAAAAGGUGUAGCGAUGCUCUUUCGCUACCAGAGGGUCCGAGAAGACGGACAGUCAGCUAUCAUAACUAUACGGGGAACAUCAGAGCUUGUCCUAGGGACUGCAGUUGUGGAAGCUUGGGAUAUGGUUGCUUACCGGCACUGCCAUAGCAAGGUCGCCAUACAAACCUCUUCGAUCGAUCCGAAUGAGAUUCGAAGCCAUGGUGAUGCUAUCUGCCAUCUGGGACUUCUGACCGAGGUCACUAGACCUGUCUCGCUACGGCAGAUCAUCAACGAACAUCGGUCCCACGCUUAA